AUUAUUUGCUUAAUUGUGUACUUGUCUUGAGAAAACUAAAUUAACAAAUAGGGUAUUUGAUCCGGUAUUCAAAACACAAAGUGUGGAGUAGUAUUAUGCAAUCCGAAUAUUAAAAAAAUUUAGCUGUGUUUUUAAUAUGGGGAUAUUUGGUGUCUAAAAACAUAUUUAAAAUUAAAUUUAAGUUAGAUUAGUUGAUUAAGGCAGUGUGUCCGCCUUAUUGCAUCCGAAUUCGAAACUCCUCCCCCAUACAUUACAAUCGAGAAAAGAAAAAAAAUUUAGAAAAUAGGUUUAGUAUUGGCAUAUGCCAAUGCCAUACCCUUAUCUAGAAAAACAAUGAAGAAUCGGAUAUGUACUUUGGUCAGUAAACCUUUGACUGGACCUCUAGCAUCCCUCAAGAACAAGCCCAAAAAGAAUACAAGGCUCCAGAAUGGGCUGGGCCAUUAUUCAGUAACUGGCCUUGCCAACAUACCAAAACGUUACAACAAAAAAAAAAAAAAAAAGACAAAUUAAAACGAAAGUUAAAAAAGGAAUAAACACUAGCAGAGCCAGCCUCUCCCCUGCUUCGAUCCAGCGGCGAAAAGAGAAGGCAGGCACUGGCAGCCGCUUGCAAAAUCAAAGCCUUUUUUCACAUUUAAACUCUUCUGCUUCUUCUAAGACAUUUGUGCAAGUCUUUUGGCUCCAAAGAUUCUGUUUUUCAUUGUAUUCAGUUAUUCAAUUAAUUGCAGCAUUCCCUCUCAUCCUUUCAAUGGAAGCUCAGCGUCUGCUUUCUGGGUUUUGCUCAACCCCACCGAUUCAAAAUACCAAAACCCAAGUCUUUGUAAAAUUUCCCCUUUCCUCUUCUUCUGCUUCUUUUGCUCAAUCCCAAAAAUGGGUCUCCUUCAAAGCUUGCCCUUCUAUUUCACAAAGUGCAUUGUCUGGGAAGGUAUUUCAGUGUAGGAACAGUAGAGAGAGAAUUGAGUUCCUUGCUUCUGAUAAAGAAGAUUUGAGAAGUGGGAUUAGACGGAAAAAGCUUGCGGUUUUCGUUUCCGGUGGAGGCUCCAACUUCCGGUCCAUUCAAGAAGCAUGUCUUCGGGGUUCAAUUCAUGGAGACAUUGUUGUUGUAGUCACAAGUAAACAAGAUUGCGGAGGUGCUGACUAUGCAAGAGAUAAGGGCCUCCCAGUUAUAUUGUUCCCCAAAACAAAACUUGAGGCUGAUGGAAUAUCUCCAGCUGACCUUGUUGCUACCCUUAGGAGAUUUGAGGUUGACUUUGUUCUCCUGGCUGGUUACCUAAAACUUAUACCAGCAGAGUUGAUACAAGCUUAUCCCAGAUCCAUACUGAACAUCCAUCCGUCACUUCUUCCAGCAUUUGGAGGCAAAGGUAAUUAUGGGAUGAAGGUCCACAAGGCUGUCAUUGCUUCUGGAUCAAGAUACACAGGCCCUACAAUACAUUUUGUUGAUGAGCACUACGACACGGGACGUAUCCUUGCUCAAAGAGUUGUCCCUGUGCUUGCCAAGGACACUGCGGAGGAGCUGGCAGCAAGGGUUCUUCGGGAGGAGCAUCGCAUAUAUGUGGAAGUGAUAACAGCAUUAUGUGAAGAUCGGGUCAUUUGGAGGGAGGAUGGUGUUCCUAUAAUCCGGAGCAAAGAAAAUCCCAAUGAAUACAGCUAGCAGAACCAUAGGAUUUCAUUUUUGAAGGGCUUUGUCCAGAUGAUGAUGAUGUAAACGUCCUAUUACUUGGAUGCAUGCAGAUAUAAACACACAAAAGAAGGGAAAGGGCCGGGGGGGCUAAGAAAGAGCUCCAAACUUAGACUAACAUGAUUCUGUUCGUCAUGUAUGAGUCAAUUAGUCAGCGCUUGAUUUCCUGUUAAACUAGAGGCUAUCUUUUUUGUAGAAUGGCGCGACAAGUGUGUGCGCGUAUAUUUAUGUUUUCUCCCAGUUUGCUUAAUCAUCUGAGGAGUGUAACAUUCUUUACAGUGUGAUCUAGUUUUGUUUUGAACA